GGAUAACGCACCCUGAAAACGUUUCGACAUUUGAGAGGCUUCUAGAAUCCAUCGUGGAGUAGGGGGUAGCCACCGAUGCCUGCGACGCCGGCGGCCGGCCCCGGUUGCGCAGGGUUGCCGGCGCACGCUCCAGUGAGUUCACUCUCCGGAGUUCAAGGCCCCUCUCGGAGGCUAGGCGUUUCUAGGCCUUCAUGGAUCGUUCGCACCGAGUCAAAUGUUAGGAGAGAAAGACCAAAACGACCUGAUCCUCCAUGCACCAUCUGCAAAGGCACAGGGACAGUAGAUUGCCGCAACUGUUUUGGUAGAGGAAGAAUAAAUCACGUCAAUCUUUUCAUACUCCCCAAGGGCGAAUGGCCACAAUGGUGCCGAAUAUGCGCGGGUAGCGGCCUAGAUUACUGCCACCGGUGCCAUGGAACAGGUGAAUAUCGAGAACCCAUGGGCUUUCACUUCACUGUCAAUAGGAAAUGAACUUCACAUAGGCAGUGUUGAUAGGCAUUUAUGUUGAACAGUUGUGCGAAAAAAGCAAGCCCCCCUGAGGCUAUACAAUGUACAUUUGAUUGAGCUGUGAGAAGUUGUAGCCCGAUACUUGAAUGAAAACUCUAAUGUUGCAGAAUAUUUUUGACAACAAAGAAAAAUAGUAUGCAGCUUAUGGUCA